AUGUCAGAACUACUAGCAAAUUUAACAGCAUUGGUUCCUGAAGGAUGCGAUGCGAAUACAUCUGUAUUUUUAUUCAUCUCCGAAUUGGUGCAAGAUCAUAUUGUUGAACUUGAAAGAGUUCAUUUCAGCAGUGAUUGUUAUUUUCAUGUAAGUUUAAUCGGAUUUUUUUUGAAAUGUGUUGGGGACUAAUUGAAUUGUGUUUUGUUGUUAUUUAAUUUUGGAUGGAAAAUUGAAACAAAGUUUGAACUACAAUCUUUGUUUUAUUUCACUGAAAAUGAGAGAGAAGGGGAGAGGGAGGGAAAAACAAAUAUUUUCAGAGAAGUUCUUGGAAUGAAAAAAAUUCGGAUUACAAUCGCUUUGUCUAAAAAUCGUUAGCUAACAUUUUAAUUCGUAGCGAAGUGAGAGUUACGAUAACUUCGUAGCGAAGUGAGAGUUACGAUAACUUGUGACUUAAAAAAUCAAGUUAUGUACAAAAAUUAUUUUAAUGCAAUAUUGUUUGGGAGGUUCACGAGAAAUCUUGGAUUUUAUAAAAUCUAAAAUUAUUUGUCAAAACCAAAAAUAACCCUGUAGAAUCUAGAAUCAAUAUUAAAAAAAAUCAAAUUUUUUGGAGAAAACUUUUUAUGAUUAAAGAAAUACAAAAUAUUCACGCUCCAAACCUCCAAACCUAAAAAUCUCAAUUCUAAUUUUCAGUGUGGAUUAUGUCAGCCUCCCAAAGAUCCCUACUACAUUCAAUUCAAUUUCAUGGUUCUUGGAGUCAUUCUUCCGAUUGUUGGACUUUUUGGCAUUUUUGGAAAUGCAAUAUCAGCUUUUGUUUAUAGUCGACCAGGUAUUUAUUCAUAAUUCUGAUUCUAAAAUUCUCAAAAAAAAUAUUUUCAGAAAUGCAAUGCACAACAAACUUUUACUUAUGUUUACUAGCUUGCUCAGAUGCGGGAGUUGUGCUAACUGGCAUAUUUUUAUUCUCUCUGGAAUCGUAUAAACCAUUUUCAUUGACGGCGACAAGGAUAAUUGGGGUAAGAAAAUUGUUGAUAAAAAUUUUGAAAAGAAAAAACAAUUUCAGGCUUUUUCACCGAUCGUAUUUCCGAUGGGAACAAUUGCACAAACCAGUUCAGUGUAUUUUACAAUGUGUGCUGGUAUUGAUUGUUUUGUUCAGGUUUGUUUAAAAAAUUCUGAUCACACAAUUUUUGAGCAAAUACCCACGAAGCUCAAACUUUCAACUUGAAUAUUUGAGUUGCUAGAACUUACCUGAAGUCAAAAAAAAUUAUAGAAAAAUAUUAUUGAUCUACUCAAGGUGUUUUGAACUCUAGCAUUCAGAUAAUAAAUAACACACCGUGAUUGCUGAAUUCUUGAGGAAAAAUUACAUAAAAACAGAACCCAAAUCAAUUUUUUUUCAGGUCUGCACUCCGGAAAAAGUACGUCGUGUGUUCAGCCGAAAAAACACUGCCAGAUUCCUCGCCAUGAUCGUCCUUGUCUUCUGUAUCCUCUACAAUGUUCCCCACUUCUUCGAAGGCCGUGCAAUCGAUUGUUGGCAGGAUGAAUGGAAAGGAAUGAGUCAAGAAACAUGUCCUCUCUCAUUUCGAUUCAAUGAGCUUUAUCAACAAAUUUAUUACAAAUAUAUGUAUUCGGUUUUCAUUGCUGUUGGUCCAUUGGCUUUACUCAUUGUGUUGAACUCGUUUAUUAUUGGAUUUUCAGUUUUUGGAAAAACUGAUGCGAAUACUGAUGAUACCAUGUCCUUGGUAAUUUGAAAGAAUUUAGGAUAACUCAGAAAUUUUUUUUUUCAGAUUCUUGUUGUCUUGCUUUUCAUUUCUUGCAACACCAUUGCUUUGAUUAUCAAUAUUUUUGAAGAUAUGCUUUCUGGCUUUUUGGAGGCGAAAAUUAAUUACAUUGUCGAUUUAUCCAAUUUCCUUGUUGUUUUUAAUUCCAGGUAGGGAUUUUGGGGUAAAAAAGAUCGGGGAAAAUUUAGAAAAAAAAAUCAAUAUAUCGCUUUAAGGCCAAGGGCUGGAAAACAUUUUUGAAUUCAAAAAAGUUUUUUGUUUGAAAAUGAGAGAUGCGCUAACUUUGAGGUUUGAGGCAGGGAGGCGAUAAAUGAUUUGUGAGGUCUUGAAAAGUCUAAAAGAUUCUUGGACGAUUCUGGGAUAAGUCUGGGAAUCUAGAUCACUUGUAGAAGUUUUUCCCCCAAUUUCUAUUAGUGAAUUUAUUAUCAGCUAUAUUUUCAAAAAUCAGAAAGCCUGAACCUCAAAUCCUGACUCAUAAUUCAAAAUUCAUAGUUCCAUUUUCAGCUUCAAUAUAGUAAUCUACAUGAAAUACUCUCAACCAUUCGCUUCAACAAUGCGAUCAUAUUUUUGCCGCCGAAAGCCAAAAUCCGAAAGUCCGGGACCAGGUCCACCGAUAAUGAUAACAGAAAAACCAUCAAGAUCGAAAUCGUGUAAAGAAACAUUAUCUCGAUUGCUGGUCGCAUCACAACCAGAGGUAUUAAUAUGAUGCAAACAAGGUGCGUGUUUGUUUUGCUUUUGUGAUUCUAAAAAAAAAUUUGAAACUUUCUUUUGUUCAUCAAUGUUUUUUUCUCUGUAAUUACAUAUGUAUUGUCUUCAGAAAGAAGGUAAGACGCUUGUGAGUGAGCUUGAAAGUGAAGUAAAGUGCCACGUUUUCCAAAUAUUUUUCAAACAAGCAUCAAUCAAAAAUUUCAAGAAUUUUAUUUUCAGAAUAAUCGAGCUGUGA